AUGGAAGUGGCUGACUGUAAGAUAACACCUGCUGCAGGCAAAUCAGGCCAACUCCUGGAAAAGAUCUGGAAUAUGAACUUGCUAGUGAGAGAUGUGCUUCUGAAGAGUGAUCUGGAUAAUGAAGGCAUGCCAGAGUAUGUGCUUAGACUGAUCUCAGUAACAAAAGAGCUGAGCAGAUCUCUCAGCCAGCAGCUGGAGAACAUUGCAGAAAGUCUUCAAGAUAUCUGCCACUUACUGAAUGCUCUCCAAGGCAAACACAAGAAACUGAUUUCAAGUCAAGAGUGCAAUGGAAUUAUAGAUUAUCUGCUGAAAGUGAAGGAUUAUUUGAUAAAUACAGUCUCAUACCUUCAAGAGGCAGAAAAAAAACUUUAUGCUGCUAGCUGCAAACACGACGACAAAUCUCAGAACCAGAUGGCUCAAAAUGCUUCUAGAGAAAUGGAUGUGUAUUGUUCUGAAGGAGAAGGACCAGAAUCUGUGCAAGCAUCUUCUAGUCUCAGUCAGCCAUCCCAAAUUACUCCUUCCCUGAACAAAAGGAAAGGUCAGAAUGUUAAUCAAAUCCAGCCAAAUGAAACUAAAGCUGUGGAAAAAGAAAUAGUUGAAUCGUUACCUGAAAAUGUAUCUGCUCAAGAACAAGAUAUUAGUAGAGAACCUCCAGCGAAAAAGGAAGACGACAAACACAGACUGCUGAUGAAACCUAUGACAGAGAAAAAGGAUUGUAAUAGAAAAGAUAAAGCUCAUGGAGAUGGCUCUUUUACUAAUAAGUCCCCAGAACUGGUUUUUCAAGAUGUUCUUAGUGGCAAUGGAGAAGGCAUUCUUUCUGGGACGUUAAAAGAUACUUAUUAUAGCACUGUUAUGAAACUUCCUGAGCAGGAAAAAAUGAUAGCAGUCAAAGACCCUUCGAAAAGGGUGGAAAAUGAGGCACACAGACUGACAGAGAAAAUGGAAGGCAGUAACAUGGGAACAGAUUAUGAGAUUUGUAGGAAUAACCCAAUUACUUUCACAUCUUUUGCACAAAUAUGUGAUUUAACUGCCGUGAGUACUUCUAUGAAUGAUUCGGAAGACCUGCAAAAGUCUAGGCACUGGAUGAACAAAGCAGAAAAUUUUUAUGCCACAAAGAGUCUGAGGCACAGCCAAUUUCUAGUGGAAGGAAGUGAUAAGAAUGAACAUGAAGUAGCUUGUUAUAUUAAAGCUCCUGCAGUUGCUCUAGAGAAUCUGGUGUGUAAGAUAGUCAAUGACAUCAGUUCCUUGGUAGUGGAUGAUUCUGAGGAGCUGGUCAGCAAUGUCAUCAGUAUUGAAUGCUCUGACUGUGAAAAAACAAUCCCUUUCCCUAUCAAGAUUGCAAUCCCAUUCACUUCAUGCUUUAGAGGAAAUUAUCGGGACAUUAUGGUGAAGGUGACUGAUGUGAACUUCCAGUCAACUUACUUGACUCCCAUUUCUUUGGAGGAAUACCAAGGAAACCAUAAGCAAACCUUUGCAGAAGUGAAGAUUUAUCAGCUGGGUAUUUUUUCAGUGUUGUCAUGCUUAAAGAAAGAAAUGUUUACCAUUCCAAAGGCUGGGCUCUCCCAAAAGCUGAGCGUGGACUCUAGAAUCUCUUUCUGUUACCCUCCUGAAACAUUCAGUUCUGCAGCAGUCAUGCAUCUAAAGGUUCAGCCAAUUGAACCAUUGCUGGUUUCCAAACUGAAAGCAAAGCAUGAUAUAUACCGUUCAGUGGUGUCUACUAGUGCACUGGUUUAUGUUCAGCAUCCUUCAGCCCAACCACUUAACAAGUCAGUCACUGUUACUCUACCCUGUCCUCCAAACCCAGAAAAAAAAAGACAAGGAGAUAAGACAGAACAUGUGAGAGCCAUUAGUGCUACAGUUAAAAGGGUUACUAUGACGUAUCAUCCUCGGGCUGUGACUGCUUCUAUGAGAAAGAAUGGAGAGAAUUUCAGUGAAACUUUGAAAUUAUUAGGUCACAGAAAAAAAGAAGAGGAGUGGAUUGUGUUUGAUGAUGUUAUUAUCCAGAAUGCACGGAAUGGACUUGUAUCAUUUGAACUAAAUGAGCACUUAGAAAGCUUUGUUGUCAUUCGCCUUUCCUUCCACUUGGAAAACACGUAUCUUCUCCUCUUUGUUCAGGCUCUGGAGGAAGCCAUCGGUAGCACAAUGGCUAAUGUGGUACUGUAUCGGAAAAAAGAAAACCCAUAUAAAAUAGUUGUUGUGCUAUCUGUAUCGAAAGAAUUGACCUGGGAACUUCAAAAUCUGCGAGAGGAGGGCUACUGUGGUCCCCCAGAACCAACAAAGCCAUUUCCAUUAAGAGAAGGAGAGCAAAUUCAUAUGAAAUUUAGUGGCAAUAUAUUUGCUUCAGAAAAUGGAAAAGAUUUUGGAAAAGCCUACAGGCUUAUUUUUCACUCGCAAAGAAAGUCCAGGCUGGAGCUCCAAAUCAAAGAAGUGGAUGAAUUUGGUAACUACAGCUCACCUCAUUACAAAGGAACAGCAGUGUUUUAUAAAAUUACCAGAGAGAUGAUAGCCAAGGACUGGGAACAGCCCCUUCCACAUGAUGACUAUCAACACCAGUCUCCAAUAUGCAAAUUAGCACUAACAUUACCAAAGCAUGAAAAGUUGAUCAAACGUCCACGAAGCACAAGAAGAGUUUCUUCUGAUUCAUCGGAAGCCCUGUGGGACAACUUGCUGUACUGGCUUGCAGAAGAGCUUGCAGAAGAUAACACCCCAAUGCUUGCUUUAUGCUUACCUGUUCGGCACAGUGUACUUCAGCUUGUUAGGCUGAAGUGCCCUGAUAAUUUAACACACCAGAUCUAUGAGCUUCUUUGCUGCUGGAAAAAGACCCUUCCAAGAUCAGCUAAUAAACAGCAGCUCCUGUCUCGUUAUUUGCGGAAGAGUGGCAGAAGUGAUCUUUCAGAAGAACUUCGUUUAAAGUGGGAAAAUAAAAUGUUCACUUGA